AUGGCCCGAUAUUUCGGUCACCUGGAGGGCGAUAUAGUUUACAUAUCAUCUAGGAAAUACAGAAUCUUUCAAAAAGGUGUUUUUUCUCCCCGGUGUCAGCGAAAUUCUGGAUACUAUGAGGAUGAGAAUAAUAUGGAACUUCAUAUCAGUGUGGAGGAUGAUUCGGGAUUGAAAGAAUUUCAAACUGUUAAAACUAAAAAAGACGCGACUUUAGGCUCGAGUUUAGAGAAUGCUUUAGGAGGUUUAGUGUGUUAUGAUAUUAUAGGUCCUGAUUUACAGUGUAACUGGAAUACUCUAGCUGUUCAAUUAAAGGGUAAACAAUUAUCAUUAAAAAGAGUUCCGUACGACGAUUCACGUCGCGAUUCUAUAUACGGUACAGUCUCAAAUAACCAGUACCCUUAUACCCUAGAAUCUAGUUUCCAUUACGGUUACCCGAUUACCCAGUAUCCUACUAAUAUACCCGUCGAGAACUCAGAGAUUUCAUCUCCACAACCAAAUUUUAGUUCAUAUGGUCCAGGGAGUAUUUGUGUUCGUAGUAAUUCUCCGAAACCUUCUUCCUCAACGAAUUCGUUAACGGAACGUAAGGAAAUAGAUACCGGGUCGUGCAGUAGCCUGACGCAAGCCAAACUUUACGGUGCGGGAAAUAUUAGUGAUAGUACGCAUCCAGUUUUAAAACACAGCCAAAGUAUCGACGAUACAAAUUUUAAAAGUUUGUCGACAGAGAAAAACUUCGAGAAAGACAUUAUUAAAGAUUUGGAUUGUAACGCAUUGAAGAAAUGUAAUUCUAUGUCGGAUAUUCAAUACGAUCCGGAACCGUUAAAGAAAUUUGAUUCCGUUACGUCUAUGGACACAUCUGAAGAAGUUGGUGUGAAUUACGGCUGUGGUUCUGUUCAUUGUAACGCAGAAAAAUGUACACAUAAUUUAAUUUGGGAGAACGGUCGUAUGACAUUUUCUAACCAGUUUGAUCCGAACGCAAGUAUCGAAUCUUCAAUGGACACUGCGAAUUCGUUAGAAAUUUGUACGUUCAACAGUCCUGAAGACGAUUAUAUUCCACAUAGUUUCGUAUUAUCUAGGCGUACAUCCAGUGAACUAAGUUCCCCACUCUCCCCUAUAAACAGUCCACCAAAAGGCAUGGACCUCCCUACAAGUGCUAGUAUUGCCGCGGCGGCUUCAGCUGCCCCAAAACCACCACCACCCUGUGAACAGUCAUUACUACGAACUGCAUUACGACGAAGUUUCGAGAAAAAAGCAUCGGAAACGGGCGAAUUACCGAACCCUAAACCUUGUAAGAAAGCUCAACCGCAGCAGAACGAGAUGUAUUUAUCGUCCGUUCAGUCGGACAGUGACUAUACCGACUCCGACACGCCCGUAACCAGCCUCGAGGAGGAACUCUCUAAACGUCCUGCUCAGUGUCGACUUCCAGUCUCCGUAGACGGAUACAUCGCAAUGGGCACACAAGGUGCUACGUCUAACGACUAUAUACAGAUGGGCGGUAACGGAAGCGGAUCUGAAAAUCGACCGACAACUUUACCAAUAGACAGUACCUAUAUGAAUAUGGCCGGAGGUUCGCCCAAUCUUGCCCGGCGUCCAUUACCGCCUCGGCCCCGGGAAACUAAAUCCUAUCCCCUAGUGCACAGCCACAGUGUGGGAGACACAAUGGUACUGACCCCUGACAACGAGUAUUGUUACAUAAGUGACGAGGACCAGACGACGCAAUCCAAAACCCUGCCACAAACUCUCCCGCCUAAAAAACGUGUGACGUCACAGCCUGUACCAAUUCAGCGCAGCCAAUCAUCGUCUGCCAUUCCAGAUCUCAGCAAUGUACCUGGAUGGUGUGCUAGUAUUUCGGAGGGAAAUGUUUCGUCGACAAUGAAUAAAUAUAAAAAUGAAGACGGUAAUUUUAUGGUAUGGAGAAUGAAAGACAAUACUUUCGUCAUUACUGUCAGUCAUCUGAGUGAUCUCCGACAUUACGCCAUUCAUUGUCGAAAUAUUAACGGACAAAUACAAUAUUAUAUUUUCCCUGGGGGAUAUAUGACCCCCUCCAUCUUAGACCUUCUUCAUCAUUAUAUGAGGGAAGGUCUGAAAGGGCCCGACCCUCAAACGGACCCAAGUCGCGGUAAAAAAUGGCAGAAGUUUUCGCACGUAAAGUUAAAACAUCCGAUGAAAUCAAGAAGUAGUGCGAGGAAAAGCAGUAUUCCUGAGAAAUAGUGCCUCUGUGUGUUCGAGUUCGGGUGUUUAAUUGUGUUCUGCGGUCGAGUUCGGGUGUUUAAACUGUUAUCUUGUCUGUUGUUUGUGUUCAUUGUUAAACAAGUGUAUUAUGUAAUAUUGUUGUUUUAGUUUGUUUAAAGGUAAAUUUUGAUUGAAAUUUCUUCAGUUAAAUACAGGUUUGUAUCAUAGAAAUAAAAUAAACUUAUCCAGACUUCAGAAACAUCAUGGCGUCGCUAAAAAAUACACUUAAUCCAAAUUUCACGUUUCUCAGUUUCAUUUUUAUAGUCAAAAUUAUCAAAGUUUUCACAAUUAAAACACAAC